UCCUUUCUACCCUGGCCCUCUCCUCUGCUUUCAGUUGCACCCAACUCUUCCUCCUCCUCCCCCCUCUUGGGGGUGUCUUGCACUCUUAUGCUGAUGGUACAGUUAAGAAAGGCAGUUCCUGCCUGGCUGACAGUCUGUUUGGGUUGCCCUCUUCCCCCUUCACUUCUUCUUUCUCUCAAUUAUCUCCUCUUCACUCUCCUCGGUGUAACGUCUUGUCUUUUUCAAAGGGCUUGUGAAUUCUCCAAGAGAAACGAAAUACUGCUUUGAUGCUUUGUUGGCGGACCUUGAGUCCACAACAUCCCACAUUUCCAAGCGUCCACUCUUCCUGUCUGACGAGGCCGCCUACUCCUUCCCUGUUGGGGGUCAGACCAAGCAAGAUCUCUGCUCUCCCCCCCAAGUCCCACCCACUCCCUCUGAGCUAAACGGACUUGAUGAAACAGAGUCCUUCAGCUCAGCUCAGAGAAGUCCCUGGUCCAGAGAUAGCAGCAGUCCCACUCAACCCAUUGGUGAAGAGGACCACGUAUACAGUUUCCCUAAUAAGCAGAAGAGUAGUGAGUCAUCAGCCAUGAACUCAUCCUUGGGCAACAACCUGUCUGAGCUGGACCGCCUGCUUUUGGAACUUAACGCUGUCCAGCAAAGCACCCCUGCCUUCCCCACAGAAGAAGAAGCAGCUCCCCCGCUGCCUGCCAGCAGCGUCAUCCACCACGUCCAGGAGAAUGGAGUCUCUACUGUAGGCAAGGCUGCUGCACCUGUAUUAGAGAAGCCCAAACGCAGUAUGGCAGCUCGGGGAAUAGAGGAUGUACGACCAAGUGUAGAGAGCCUUCUAGAUGAGCUGGAAAGUUCUGUGCCCUCAGCCAUUCCGACCCCAUUGAUUGUGACAGAUGGACAAGAGGAAACACCAGCACAGCAGCAAGCCAGAAUGUCUGCCUCCUCUGCCACACGUGAGCUGGAUGAGCUAAUGGCCUCCCUGUCUGACUUCAAAGUCCAAAGCAAUUCUGGUUCUCAGUUGUCUCUGAAUCAGGAAGCUGUAGACCCUUCCUUGGUAGCUGGUUCCCAAUCUGUAGAUCCUAGUAUUGGUUCAGUGGAUACUCUUCUACCUUCUAGUUACACUACUCCUACCUGUACCCCUCUUCCAUUGGAACUCCAUAUAGAUGAAGAUGGUUGUUCAGCCCUUACAUCUUCAGAUGGUUCCACUGUAAUCAUUGCAUCAUCCAAGAGCCUUCAGUACUCCCAGAUCCAACAGAUAGAUGAUGGUAGCAAUGUCACCUCUGAGAUCUCUCAUGUGGAGAGCCUCAGAAUCUCCAGCACCACAAAGCCUGCUAGUCAAGCUGAAGUCAAUAGCCCUUCAUUUAUGUCGAUCACUAACACUAGUAAAGUCUCAAGUACACUUGAAAAGAGCUUAAGCCCAGUUACUGUUGGCAGAAGUUGUAGUCCAGUAGUUGUUUCCAAGAGCACUAGUCCUGUUACUUCGUCUAUAAACCCCAGUCCCAUUCUUAGAGCCAAGAGUCCUAGUCCACCUGAUCUUAAAUGCUCCAAUCUAUAUCAGUCUUACAAGAACCCAAGCCCAAUCCCUAAAAGUCUUGUUUCUAUAAGUCGUAGUCCAGAAGCAGCUGCAAAGACUGCUAGUCCAGUCACAGAUAUAAGGCUUUCCAGUCCAGUUCCAAAAAGUGUGAGUCCAGUGACAGUCCCUAAUCUCUCUAGUGCAGUAACAGUCCCAAAGAAUUUGAGUCCAGAAACAGUUCCCAAAUGUGCUAGUCCAGUUUCAAUUCCAAGACUUUCAAGUCCAGUUCCAAAGAUUGCAAGUCCUGUGACAGUGCCUAAUGACUCUAGCUCAGCAAGUAUACCCAAGAGUUCUAGACCUGAAACAUUGCCAAUGACUGCUUGCCUAGUAAUACCCCCAAAGAUUGUAAGUCCAGUGACAGUUCCUAAGAUUCAAACUGCAAAUCCUAAAAGUCCUGCCUCAGUCAUCAGAAAAAAAUACACAGUUUCCGGCACAAGCAGUCCCGGAGCUUCACCAGUUCCAUCCGGCGAUGCAUCAUCCAGUAGCAUGUUUUCCCCUCAUACAGAAAAGCAGGGAGGUGAAAUUCUGGAUUUAACAUGGCCGUGUCGGGAGCCUUUAUUAGAUGAUGCCUUAGACAAACUCUUAGCCCCCAAAUACACCCAAAUGAGUGAGAAUCAGCCACCUGCCUCCAUUAUGCUCGGAGAUGAAGACAGGUCCUGGGAGGAGGAAGACGGAAUUUACCCUGAUCUCAGUCGAGAGGGAACCCUGACGCCCAUGACUGAGUCCAGCUGGAUGGAUGAAUGUUUCACCCCCUCCACCUGCCCCGGGACACCAGAUGCAACGCUGGACCUUCCCACUCAGCAGCCCUCUGCUGUUGAGCGCCUAUCUGCUUCUGGCCAACUCAAGUCCGUUAUCCGCCGCACUAAAGAGACCUCCAACGUGCAUCCAAUGUUCAGGGAGGGAAUGUUACGACGUAAAAUGGGACCGGUCAUUGUGAAUAAGAGCAACUCACAGGACCGACUCAUUGAGGAGCUACAGGGGAAACUAGGAAUUGGGCGAGUGGAGCGCAAGCGUAAGCAACAGCCAGAUGAUUGGAUGACAGAGGGAGUCAUCGUCAUGUCCAACCCACAGCGAACACGGGAAGAAAGGGUCCAGCCAUCUGUGGAUAAGAUCAUCAUCCCUCCAGAGUCCCCUGCCCCACAGAGAAAAGUCCUCCCCCCUCCACAAUCUCCCCCAGCACCCAAAAAGCCACCCCCAGAAAAGCAUACUUCUCUACCACUACCUCCUCCGCCUCCGACCCCUCCCCCUCCCCCUCCUCCUCCUCGAGAACCUACCCCUCCAAGAGAACCUACCCCUCCUCGAGAACUUACCCCUCCUCAAGAACCACCCCCUCCUCCGCCCAAGGAACCUACUCCUCCCCCUAGGGAGCUCACGCCUCCCCCUGUCCAGCCCCCUCCAUCACCUAGCCCCCCUCCCAAACCUGUCACGCCACCUCCGCCUCCCAAGGUCUUUGUAUCAGUGGGUUGUCAGACCGAGUAUGAGCCCAUCUUGCCAACAAUGCAGAUCCAGUCCCAGGGGAAGACUUCUCCCACGGGUCCCCCCAAACCAGCCAACAAGCUGGACAACAUGCUGGGUAGCCUGCAGUCCGACCUCAACAGACUCGGAGUCCAGACGGUGGCUAAAGGUGUCUGCGGAGCCUGCAAGAAACCUAUUGUUGGACAGGUGGUGACUGCCAUGGGCAGAACGUGGCACCCCGAGCACUUUGUGUGCACCCACUGCCAGGAGGAGAUAGGCUCCAGGAACUUUUUUGAGCGUGAGGGGCAGCCUUACUGUGAGAAAGACUACCACAGCCUGUUCUCACCACGAUGCCACUACUGUAAUGGACCCAUACUGGAUAGAGUAGUGACUGCUUUGGACAAGACUUGGCAUCCCGAGCACUUCUUCUGUGCCCAGUGUGGGGCCUUUUUUGGACCAGAAGGUUUCCAUGAGAAGGAUGGAAAGGCGUUCUGCAGGAAGGACUACUUUGACAUGUUUGCGCCUAAAUGUGGUGGCUGUGCCCGUGCCAUCCUGGAGAACUACAUCUCUGCUCUCAACUCACUCUGGCACCCUGAAUGCUUUGUCUGCAGGGAGUGCUUCACCCCCUUCAUAAACGGCAGCUUCUUUGACCACGAGGGCCAGCCGUACUGUGAGGCGCACUACCACGAGCGGCGUGGCUCGUUGUGCUCCGGCUGCCAGAAGCCCAUCACCGGUCGCUGCAUCACAGCAAUGGGCAAGAAGUUCCACCCAGAGCACUUUGUGUGCGCCUUCUGCCUCAAGCAGCUUAACAAAGGCACCUUCAAGGAGCAGAACGACAAGCCCUACUGCCAGGGCUGCUUUGUUAAACUCUUCAGUUAGAUUGUGUGAUUGUGUAUAAAUGUAUCUACACAUUUAUUUACAUGUCUGAAUGCACGUGUGGAUGUGUGGGCACUCGUGUGGUUUUUGAGAAGGAAGGCGUUGGUGUGCUACUGAAUCACAUCAUUAGGGUGAGAAACGUCUUCUUCUAUUGACCCUUCCCUGGCUGUCCAACCUCUCAGGCUUGGCAUUUCAUACUUUUGCUGAAGACAUCUUUAACAGAGCCCAAAGAGAUUUUCAUUUAGAGUUUUUCUCCUGUGUGCAGCAAAGAAAACACACUAAUUUACCUAUGUGUGUGUGUGUGCAUAUGUGAGCAUAUGGGCGUCAAAUUAAGACUUCCUCAGAGCCUUUAUUUGUAAAUGAUUUAAUCCCCCAAAGACCUAACACCCUAUGGUGGUUUUAUGCAGAUUUGAGACAGCUGCUUGAUUGCAUGGACCAUUGACUUAAACAGUUUUAGAAUAUGUUGAGUGUUGAAUAUAUAGUGCUUGUCCAAUGAGUGUUGGAAUCAGCUAUGAAAAUAUGUAUUUUUGUAGCUUUGGAAACUUUAAAAUUACCAUGAUGCAUGUAUGUAUGUAUGUAUGUACACACACACACACACACACACACUGACCUUCUCCUUCACUUCUUUAAAAUACUGGUUCAAACUCUGCACACUCCAACAACAGAUCUCUUGAUGAGACCGUCUUAAAGUGCAUUUUAAAGGUGUCUGCAAGAUAUUAGCUAGUCCUUUAUUUUUCUACUAUUUUACUAUGAAAAUAAACUCAGAUGUUUUCUCAGUUUCACCAAACAUUACACUCACAUUUCUGCUCUUGUACGUUGAUUAUUUCCCAUUGGGAGUGAAAUCCAACUUUAGAAAGUCACUAUAUUGAACUUUUGUAGCAACUUGGAACUUCAUUUUUACUUUCCUACUGCGAAGUGUUUACCGUGUCAUCUUACAUUCAUGUUGAAAUAAAAGGAAAUGGUUGCAUUUGAUAAUGAAAAAAGUAGGUCUUUAAGAAAAACAUUUGUACUAUGGUUUUUAAUGUUGAAUUCAUGGUGCAAUUUAAAACAAGCCAAAACACAGUUGAUUGUUUUUAAUCCAGAUUAAAAGUGGAGAUUUUCCUGCUGUAUUUACCCACACAGAAUAAUUUCAGAAGACUUCAAUUCAGAACAAAUGAUACUUCAUUUUAACAUAUUUUUCCCUAUUUUACUAUCGCUACUGUGAAUGUAUCACUGUAUUUAACAUAUUAGUAAGGCUGGUGCGACAUUCAAAAUAUGGUUGUGCUUUUGGAUUUGAAGCAUGCUUUCUUGUAUGUGGGGUUUUAUCAGCACUAGCUGCCAGUGGCUGUUACAAUCAGAAUCUAAAUUUGUACACCUGCAAUAUGCUCGACUUUGUGACUGAACUGUGAUUUGUCAAUGUUUGAUGGAAAUAUAUAUAUAUAUAUUUUUGAGCUGUUUGGGCUCACAGUGAUAUGCAAAGAGCUGGCUCUAAUGACAUGUAGGCUAACAAUAGUUGAUCAUGUUCUCUCACACAACACGUACCAGCUGGGAUUCCAGUGUGUCAGGAAGUGCAGCUCACUGAUGGAAGCUGGAUGUUGGUGUUAGCUGGUCAAGAAUCAGCAACAUUUAUAUAAUGACUCAUUUCAACUUUAUUUUAAUUGUAGCUAUGUUUUGUUACAUAUGAGAAUGAGUGAUUUUUGAUUUGACAAAAUUGCUGGUCUUUAAUUUGAUCAAUAUGUGCGCACCUAGUGAAUACACAGUAUCCACAUUGUUUUUACUUUGAGAAUGUUUGCUCCUGUGCCAAAUGUGUCAGUGCAAUUAGGUCUUAUACACUGUGGAGUUUGUUUUCCUGUGAUUUGACUUGUGCUGAACUCUUGGAGAGGCUUUGUCUGCUGGGGUGCAUCUUAGUUUUUGAACAGCCAAAAGUUUACACUGUAAUGGACAAGCCCAGGAGAAACCGCCUGUACCGAGUCAUUCAGCAGACGUAGUGUACACUUGUAGCUAUUUCAGAUUUACAGGAAGUAGCAGAGGUAAAUGAACAGCUGUGACUUAAUUUUGCCCCAUGUAUAUUUAUGCUUACAGUAUAUUGCCUUAUAAUUUUUGUCAAAUUCGUAAAAAAAAAAAAACAA